AUGGAAGGCGUGUCUCGGACUCCCUCUUUUGCAUCAAUCACGGACAGUGACCAUGGUGCAUACCUUCUUCUCGUCAAUGUCUGCUUGCUGAUUGUGCUGGUCUUCUUCAUCGUGGCCAAAAUAAGCUCGUCGAUCUACCUCAAGCGGCGGCGAACGACGACCAGUUAUCCAAUCUAUGUCGGAACGGUUGUUGCCAUCAUCCAGACAAUCAUACUCCAGUAUGCGGUCAAAUACGGCUUGGGGAAGAAGCAGGGCUCCCUGGCCGCGGACUCGUUCGAACAGUACAGCAAGUACAACUACGCUGCUCAGCUGCUUUAUAUUAUCCCGGUCGCCUUAUCCAAACUAUCGACGACGCUCUUGGUGCAUAUGUUGACCCCACAAAGAGGUUUGCAAAAUGCAUGUCUUGCCACGAUGGGAGCGAUCGGCAUCUGGACAGUCUUUGCACUGUGUGCAAUCGCUUUUCAAUGUCCCCUGCCAGAUGCGUGGUUGUAUCGACCGGGUCGUUGCACGGCAAAGGGCGCGUUGAUGUACCUCGUCGCAAUCACGAACAUCCUGACCGACAUGGCUGUCCUCACGCUUCCCUUCUUCAUGAUGCACAAGGUCCAGAUGUCCCAAGGGAAAAGAGUAAAGAUUCUGUGCGCAUUUUGCACAAGAGCGCUGUUGGUCACUCGACAUUGUACGAGUUAUUCCACGCUAAUGGAGACACAGCACCGUCUUACUCACAACUGGGCAACUAGCGACACUACCACGAUCCUUAACAUCAUCAGAUACUACAUAGCAAACAUGUACACGAACCUCAUCGUCGCCUGCCUACCGACUCUAUACCACAUCUUCGCCGGGCUUCACUCCGGCCUCAUCACAACUCGACUACCAGACAAUGUCGAGCUCUCCACACGACGGAAAGGAAGCACCUACGGCAAGCAGACGCCGCUUAGCACCGAAAAACGCGGCAGCAUUUAUACAGGGAACGGUGACUCCGUUGUGACCACCAACGUGCGGACAGAUUCCCGAGAAGGCCGACUGAGCCGAAUCCUCAGUGAUGAUAGCGGGGGAACCAGCGCCAGCACGAAACAGUUGACGAUGGAAUCACGCAGGGACGGGGUGCUCAAGACAGUGGACAUUCACGUUCAUAUCGAACAUGAUUCGGAUUAG